ACUCAAUACCAUGUCCUACCUACGAUGCAUCUCUCUCAGAGGGCUAACUGCCAUCCAUGCCAUUAGAAUUGCUCCAUCUAGUUUGGCAGCUCUUCAUAUACAACGACGACUGCCUUCCUCUCAAUGGCAAGCCCGACAGUUCUCAUCAUCUCCGAAACGCCAAGCGACAGCCCAGGAGCCGGAGGUCUUCACAGCUGCGUUUAAGAGCACAGAGCUGUUCAGAGAGAUUGCAGAGAAGCCGGAGGUCUUGCAGGCGACGAAAGAUCUCAUGCAGGUCCUUCAGGAGGAGGGUGUUUCCCUUGACCCCAGUAACCCACCUUCGGCAAUGAAGCUUCUUCUAAAUUCGAGGAUUAGAAAACAGUUGCUUCAUACGGUAUCGGUGUUGAAGGAGAAUGGCAUUAGCGCAGAGAGGCUUCAGGAUGCGUAUAAAUCAAUUCAUUCACCUAAUAAGACUGAGAGUAGCUGAAGCAUCGUUGUAUAUACCAUUCCUCGUCCAUUAAUGUAUUCUAUUCUGCUGCGG